CUGUUUUUGUCAUGUUUACUUAUUUCUUGCAAUGCCAGUCUGUUCUGUGGAUUGGGGAAGCUCAGCUCGGUAUAUAUAAAAUCAUCGAAGUGUUGGGUUUGUUUUGAUAUCCAAUUUCUUUAAAUAAAUCCCGCCAGAGGAAAACAGCCGCCAGUUGAAACAUCAUCAACCAGCUAAUCAAUAGAAGCAUUUUAUCACAGUAGUCUUGUUUAUGAUUCAUACAACUGUUUAAGUCGUAAUUUGGUAAGAGAAAAUUUAGUAAUGAAAAUCAACUACAGAAUAGCGAAUUCAUAACAAGCGUUCGUAAAUUCUGACUACAACAAACGAAACGUUACUUCCCACAAUGUCGACAAAUGAAUACUCGUUGAAGAACUUGGCCGCAUUUGAUUUCGACCAUACAAUAUGUGAACACAAUACGGAUAUCAUUGUUCGCAAUCUACUGGACCAGUCUCUCAUCACACCGGAAAUAAAAGGAAUUUUACGAUCAUCUGGAUGGAUUCCUUACAUGCAGCGAAUUUUCAGAAUACUUCAUUUGCAUAAAUUCACAGCUACUGAUAUCAGCUCGGCAAUUAAAUCCAUCCCGGAAGUACAGGGAAUUAAAAAAUGCAUUGAAAAUUUGGCAAACAAUAAUUUCCACAUCAUCAUUAUUAGCGAUUCUAACUCCGAAUUUAUUAAAACAUGGAACGAUUUUAAUGGUAUUAGUGAUUACAUACAUACAAUCUUUACGAAUCCUGCAAAUUUUAACAAAGACGGUUUGCUAGAACUUUUUCCUUAUCACCACCAAACUGAGUGCUCUUUAAGUUCAAAAAACCUUUGUAAAGGAAAAAUACUUGAAAAUUUUCUCAACAAACAGUAUAGCGAAGCUCAAAUAAAAUAUGAUAAAAUUUUCUACAUAGGAGAUGGCAAAAACGAUGUUUGUCCCAUGCUGAGACUGAAAGAGAACGGUUUCGCUUGUCCUCGCGACGGCUAUAGCUGUUCCGAAGAACUAAAUAAUGCCAUCAGUAAACUACCGGAUAAAUAUGAAGGCAAAAUCAUAAAUUGGUCUACUGGAUCGCAACUCUUCAAUGAUAUUUGUAAAGAAUUGUAGUAUGUAGAAUGUAUCGGUAAUCAAAUGCCAACAAUAAAAUAUAAUUUAAGUAUGAUUCGAAUAACCUUGAAAAGCGUAAACUUUCGAUUAGUUAUUGUAAUAAUAUCAAAAUUACAGAACAUAAAUAGUAGAAUACUGAACAUAACAGCGAAAGUAUAUGAAACUAAGUUACUAAAGGUUACUUGCUCAAUAUUAAUGUUUAGGUAGUGAUUCGAAUUUUACAUCAAUUACAUAUACAACUUUUUCCAAUAAACGGAAAGAACUAUGAGAAAAUAAAUUAUUUCAAAAACACAUUA